CUAUAAAUACAUAACCACUUGCAGUAGCACACCACCUUUCCUUAAACCAUACAAAGUGUAUGUCGCUCAAAUCAUAAAUCAUCUCUCUCUCUCUCUCUCUCUUCUCUCCCCCCCCCCCUCUCUCUCUAGCUUUUGUAUUGUUUUCUCUCUCAAAAAAUUCCAUGGCUCAGGUCCAAACCGGCCAAGAUGUUCAUGGAAUUAAGCUUUUCGGGAAAACGAUUACACUGCAGAACAGAUCAUCACAAGUAAAAGAAGAACCCAAAAAGGAUGAUCAAACGGUGGAGAAGCGGCCUGAUAGGAUCAUACCAUGCCCAAGAUGCAAAAGCAUGGAGACAAAAUUUUGUUACUUUAAUAACUACAAUGUUAACCAGCCUAGGCACUUCUGCAAGGGCUGCCAGAGGUACUGGACGGCCGGCGGGGCCCUACGGAACGUCCCCGUGGGGGCUGGUCGACGAAAAACCAAGCCGCCUUGUCGGGGGCUGGCCGGGUUACCGGAGGGUUGUAUAUAUGAGGGUUCAGAUGUGGUGCACCAGUUUGAGUUAGAUGGGGUGGUGGAAGAGUGGCAAGUGGCGGCGGCACAAGGCAGUUUUCACCAAGUUUUCCCGGUGGCGAAGAGGCGGAGGACCGGCUCAGGUGGCCAACCAUGCAGCUGAAUCAUCAUAUUGUCCUAAUUUAUUCUUUCACCAUAUCCAUAAAUUAGAAAUUUCAAGAAAUCGAAAGAAAAAAAAAGUGUAUUGUGAAUUAGCCUAAUGGUAA